UCCCGUGUGUGGGAGCUGAAGCUCAGCCUUUUUGCAUGUAUUGAUCUUGCAUGGGAAACUUUUGGAAUGUUUAUUGGAUGUCUAAUCCCAUGCUGUAUAUCCCCUUCAAGUGCGCACUGCUGGUUACUUUGGCUGAGAAGCCACACUGCUGUGGACUUGAGGGGUGAGUGAUUGGAGGAGGAAGAGGAGGAGGCGCAUUCAUCCACCGGGAAAAGUGGAGGUGAUCUGUCACAUGAGCGGAGCCCCCCUUCCUUCCUUCAGAUCCUCUCGUCAUCCCGGACGGUCUGUUCUGUGGUCCGAGGACACCAUCCAACCCUCUCAACCCCUCAUCCCUUCCCGGUCCUCCCUCGGCUUGGAGAAGAAAGCAAAACAAGUGUCAUACAAAUUGUUUUUUUUUUUUUUUUUUGCGCCUACAAGGGUAUAGACUCUUAUUUUGUUCUAUAUCUUGGGAGCGGAAACACUCAAUUCCAGUGGAUGCGCCGCCAAUUUACGCAUAUAUCUGUGGAAGGUAGAAGAACAAUACCAAGAAGACUGUCUUUAAACACAUUCAACUUAUCCAAACAUGUCUCUUCGGAGUGAACUGGUGAGCGAAAUCGCCGCGCAUCUUCGCGUAAAAAACGAAUUUUGGACGAACGCGCACAGAUUUCCUGCAGCGAUCCUUGACUGACUUUUUGGACAAUUCUUUUUUUUUUUUGCCCCGGACUUGCGUGGAAUAUAAUACAAUAGCGGAAAGUGGCAACUGUACUCCUUCAACUCAUCGAUCCAUGUAUUGACACACAUGCCAAGCUACCUUUUGAGCAAGUAAAAAUUGUGCAAUGUUGGCUAAAAGUGGUAUUUAAGGGAUUGUAUUGCGUGCAAACCACACGCUGAUUGAAUGCGUAAAAUGAUGUCUCCUGCACGGUAAUGCGCGGACAGAUACAUGUCCACCCAUUUUGUUACAUAUAGGAUAUCAUUUGAACAAUUCUGAGUGUUGCCUUUGGUGGUCAAGGAGAGAACGUGACCUCCUGGAGGGGAAAACUUGCUUGCAGCGGUGAAGAGAGGAGUUGGAUUAUUUAAACAUUUUAACAUAUUCAAGAUUCUACCACCGGCAUCGCGUUGGAUACUGGACUGGUAGCUCCCAGAGAGCAGGUCCCAGCGGAGAGAAGAGCAACGAUGACUUCACUCUUUCUCUUCCUCAUCCUUGCCCUCUUUGCCUCAGGAGCCAGCGAUGACGUCAAGUACAUCUCCAAGAGGAACUCUGUUGAUGGGUGUAUCGACUGGUCAGUGGAUCUGAAGGAGUACCACGUUCUGGCUGGUGAGCCAGCACGAGUGAAAUGUGCCUUGUUCUACAGCUACAUCCGCACCAACUACACCAUGGCCACCAAUGCCAAACUUCGUCUCAUCUGGUACAAGAACAAAGGAGAUGCAGAGGAGCCCAUUAUCUUCUCAGGCCAUAGGCUGAGUAAAGAAGAUGACUCAAUCUGGUUCAGGUCUGCAGAAAUGGAAGAUAAUGGCUUCUACACCUGCGUACUAAGGAACUCAACAUACUGUAUGAAGGUCUCUAUGUCCAUGACUGUGGAGGAGAGUGAUGAGGGGAAGUGUUUCAGCAGCAAAAUCCGCUAUCUGGAGAAAGCAGAGAUUACUCAUAGCAAAAUGAUCGCAUGCCGUGAUAUCGAUGACUAUUUGGCUCCAUAUAAACAACCCGUGAUGACCUGGUACAAGGAGUGUGAACGUGUCGAAUGGAGAAGCUCUAUUAUUGUCAACAAUACACACAUCUGGAUCCCCGAAGUGGAGGAGGAGGAUGGGGGGAAUUAUACCUGCGAGUUACAGUAUGGAUCCAGACUGGUGCGGAGGACAACACUACUCAAAGUCACAGCUCUUCAGACCACCCAGCCACCAAAGGUCCUUUUCCCCCCUGAGAGACAAGACACUCUGGUAGAGAUCACACCUGGUAUGCCUCUCAGUUUGGACUGCAAGGCAUUUUUCGGCUACAGUGGAGAAAACAGGAGACCUAUCAUCUACUGGAUGAAAGGAGAGAAGUUUGUUGAAGAACUCGCGGGACACAUUAAAGAAAGUGAAGUCAGGGUCCUAAGAGAACAUUUAGGAGAAAAGGAGGUACAGCUGUCGUUAACAUUUGAUGCUAUCGAGGAGGCUGACCUGGCAAAUUAUUCCUGUUACGUGGAGAACCACAUCGGGCGGCGGCGUGGGAGUGCAAUACUGCAGAAGAAAGAUAUGUAUCGUCUGGAGUUGGCUGGUGGACUUGGGGUCAUAUUGCUGCUGCUGGGAGUCUUCACGGCACUUUAUAAGUGCUACAACUUGGAAAUCAUGCUGUGCUACAGGAGGCAUUUAGGCAGUGAUGAAACCGAAGAUGAUAAUAAAGAGUAUGAUGGAUAUCUCUCUUACACCAAAGUGGAUCUGGAUUCAUUGGGCAGAACGAGCAGCGAUGAGGAGACGUUUGCUUUGGAGAUCUUGCCUGACGUGUUGGAGAAACAUUACGGAUACAAGCUGUUUAUACCAGACAGAGAUCUCAUUCCAAGCAGUACAUACAUUGAGGACCUGGCUCGUAGUGUGUUGCAAAGCAGACGUUUGAUCAUUGUUUUGACUCCAGAGUUUGUGUCCAAAAGAGGCUGGAGCAUUUUUCAGAUAGAAACACGACUCCACUCUAUGCUGGUUACGGGGGAAAUCAAGGUAAUCAUGAUAGAAUGUGCAGAUCUGAAGAGUGUGAUCAACUAUCAAGAGGUGGAAGCACUUAAGCAUACAAUAAAGGUUUUAUCUAUCAUUAAAUGGAGGGGUCCAAAGAGCAGUGAGCUGUCGUCUAAGUUUUGGAAGCAGGUGAUAUAUGAGAUGCCAGCUAAACGAAGAGAGACUUUGUCCAGACGUCAGGUAAUGGACGCAGGUGAGCAGGGCCUCUUUGGAGACCUGCAGACCACCGUCUCCACCAUUGCCAUGACGACCACCUCAGCAUCCCUGGUGCCGCCGAGUGAGAACCGUCAUGGACAUCAUCAGGUUUCCUUGGCAACAGAGAUCCCUGACUACAACCAGAUGACCUUGCCUCUUGGAGGAGGUCACAUGGCUACAGCAGCCCAAAUGAGGCAUUUCUGCCGCAGCUAUGAGUUCCAUCUCCCCCCACAGCCUUCUGCCCUGUCGCCUCCCCUCCCGGCUCCUCCAUCCACCAUGCAGUUCUCCACUCUGGGCCCUGGGGGGCGCCAUGUCUAUUGCAACAUCCCUAUGACCCUUCUGAAUGGACAGGGGUUCAGGGCAGUUGACUGGGGAAGAAGAGGUUUCUCAGACCAACACACUUGGAAAGAAGCCCAAAGUCCACCUGAAGAGCACCUUUGUACCAAUCACCAGCAGAGAACUAAGCUCUGAUAUCUGGUAGAAACACUGCUUUGCUGGUACUGGAUUAAAGACUACUGGUUUUGCAAAGAACUUUGAUUGGGGACACAGGUUUUUGGACCUUGUACAGACAUUGACUUGGGCCCUUUUCAUCCCAUGCUAUGAACACAAACUGCUCCAAUACUACAAGAAGGUGUGGGUUCAAAGUGUUUGGACACACUCAGAUUAUCAAACUGAUUGUAUAUUUGUAUUGAAUUUACCACUGAUACUGUUUGAUUCAAACUGGUAAACAGGAAGUUAAGGAUUAUUAACAAGCACGAACGUGUUGAAUUUUUGAUGUUUUAGACAUGAAAAUGUCCUCGGAAAGGUCCAGGAUAUCAAAACACUAUUUAGAUAUUCACCAGUCAUUGUGUUGUAUAAGGGUAACACUGAAAAGACAACAAAAUAAAAACGUUACAAAAAUGAAAGACGAUCAACUAUAAUACUCUUAUCACAACAUUUCCGUAAAUAGAUAUUGUAAAACUAUGCCAAUAAAGUUACAAAUAUUUUAGGAAACAAGUUGUAAUAUAAGAGAACAACGUAUUUACUGAGCUUAUGUCAAAAUUUGGUCUAACUCUAGAGCAAACCACCUUAAUAAUUAUUUACUAAUAGUUUUGCUAUUAAGGGCCGUAUCCUAGAUUUGCAACAUUUCAGACUUAUGAUUAUGCUUAAAUUGUUGUACUACACAAUGUGAAAGUACCAUAUCAGGAGGACGGUGUGCUCUUAAGUUAUCCCUGCUUUCAUUUUCACACCACUCCUAAAUCGCAUACGAGAACUUUGCAAAAUUUUAAUUUCUUAAACUUGAGGAAUUUUAUUUAUGACAACUUGCCUCAUGCCCAACAUCACUUUAUCUUAAAGCGAGAAAAUGUUUCUUGGAAGUUAGAACUGCGUCUAUAACAGUGGUUCUUAACUUUGUUGGCGGUACCGAACCCCAUUAGUUUCAAAUGCGCAUUCACCGAACCCUUCUUUAGUGAUUUUUUUUUUUUUUUCUUUUUCCAUAUUCAAGAAAAAGUUAUGUUUUUUUACUGGUGCACAAAAUGAACCAUGCAUGAACAUCACCUUGUUCAAAGAACAAAACCAUCACAGUUCAUGAACUCACAACAAAUUACACACCUUAAACACAUUACCGUGAAUUGAUUGACGUGGACCCCGAUUUAAACAAGUUGACAAAUGUAUUUGGGUGUUACCAUUUAGUGGUCAAUUGUACGAAAUAUGUAUUGUACUGUGUAAACUGUACUGUUUCAUAUAAUGUAUUCUAUUUCUUUGCAAUCUGCUAGUGAAAGUUUCAAAUCGAUCAAACAACCUGUAAACUAGAUGGGAAAAUAGAGGGAAAAUUGUUUGGCGGUAUCCAUAAUACGCUGAUAGGGAGAAUUUUUUAUUUACACGAUAAGUCGAAUGUGUCUUUACCUCCGUGGCAGAGGCUCCGCCGAACCCCUGAGGCCGACUCACCGAACCUCUAGGGUUCGAUCUAACCCAGGUUAAGAACCACUGGUCUAUAAACUAAAGUAAAGCAAGUAAUUUCAAUAUUUUUUGGGUUUCUGGCGCACUCAAGAACUAUUUAACAAUUACUGAGCCGUGGCAGGCGUGGGUGGCUGUCGCCUAUCUUUAACCCAUGACUCAUCGUAGGCAUGGUGGUCAAGUAGCAGGGUGCCGAAUCCAAACAUUUUAGCCAAGAUGAGAAGAAUGCAGAUUUAGCCUGAACACAAUUUAAGAUGGAGUAGUCCAAAGCCCCCAAAAUAAGAAUAUGAUUCCGUAAAAUAUAUAAAAUUUUUCUUUUUCAAGAUCAAACAAAACUAACAAAGGAAACCUUUUUUUAAAUAGGUCUCUUUCAGGAACAGUCCCAAACGUUUGCUCAAUCACAUUGUACUGUUUCUGUUUAUGAAGAUUGAUCUGACAAAACAUUAUUUAUUUCAUCGUCAAUGUAUACUUAAAGUAACUUUAAUGAUGUAAAACUAAAAAUGUAACAGAGUAACUUAGCUGGGAAACAAUUUCAUUCUCUAAAAUUGGGCUUUUUACUUUUAGUAUUACCACUUAUUCUAAUACAAUUAUUUAUGACUGUCAUUUUAUUUGUCAUAGUAUUAAUACUAUGUUUUCAUAAUAAUACAGCUUUACUCAUAUGAAUUCUGACCUUUACUAAUAUCUUAUUAUGUAUAUUAUUUGUCUUUGUUUUGACAAUUUUAUUUUUGUCUUGUGAUAUUCCAUCUU